AUGAACACAGCUGCUGACGACUUUGAAGAGGAACUAAAGCGUUGGGACAAGUACUGGACAAUGGACACAGCCGGAAUAUGCGAGUUCACAGGUACAAAGAACGCUGAGAAAGAGGCGGUGAACCAGAAAGUAGCGGACUACUUCAACAAGACAAUAGAACGUCGAGAAGACGGCUACUACGUACGACUCCCCUACAAAGACAACCACCCUCAGUUACCAGACAACAGAAAUAUAGCAGUGAAGAGACCUCACAGCAUAAUUAAUAUGUUACGGAACAAUACAGACCUCCUGAAGAAUUAUGACAACACUCUUCGGGACCAACAGAGGUUAGGAAUAAUUGGAGAGAUUCCCAAUGAUCAAACUCAGAAGGGAAAAAUUCUUCAUUAUACCCACAUCAAGCAGUUUUAA